CAGCGACGAAGGCAGAGAUCACUCGAACAGCCAUGGCCACCGACAAGAAGCAGAACCUUUUGUACCUCUUCCACAGGCCGCAGGAGCCGUCCUUCGUUCCGAAAGGCGAAAACGCGGUUGCCUUCGAUGUGCCCGCAAAAUUCUUGCCGGAGAGGUACAAGCAGCUGGGGACUCAGCUCGAGAGCCGUUUCGGUGAAGCGACCUCGCAGAAGAUCAGUUUGGUCGACAUCAAGGAGCCGAAUCUGACGAACAUCAUGCGUUUGGGAAGACACGAGAACUUCUCCCUGUUCCUACCCAAGCACCAGAACAUCGCUGCCGAACUCAUCAACAUCUUCAUGGCUGCAAAGAACGUGGACGAGCUUCAAUCUUUGGGUGUUUACUGCCGCGAUCGUGUCAACCCUUACCUCUUCGUCUACGCCUUCUCCGUGGCUCUGCUCCAUCGCCCGGACACGCAAGGUGUUAAUCCACCAAACUUCGCGCAGACCUUCCCCGACAAGUACUUCCAAAGUGGAAUCUUCGCCAAGGCUCGUGAGGAAACCAGUGUCGUUCCAACCGGAUCCAGAAUGCCAAUCGAAAUCCCAAGGGAUUACUCAGCUUCUGAUUUGGAUGAGGAGCACAGAGUCGCCUAUUGGCGUGAAGACAUCGGUGUUAACCUUCACCAUUGGCAUUGGCAUCUGGUGUAUCCGACGAACGCCGCUAUGAGCAUCGUCAACAAGGACAGACGCGGUGAACUGUUCUAUUACAUGCACAAUCAAUUGAUCGCCAGAUACAACGUGGAGCGUCUCUGCAAUAAGCUGAAGCGUGUCGUCAAGUACUCCGAGUUCGAGAAACCCAUCAAAGAGGCGUACUUCCCGAAAUUGGACAGUCUCGUUUCGAGCAGGACGUACCCGGCUCGCGUCUCCAAUCAAGUCCUGCAGAACCUGAACCGUCAGCAGGAUGAGAUCGUCAUGGACGUGGCGGCUUUGGAGCGCUGGAGGGACAGGAUCUUCGGCGCAAUCCAUUCAGGAUUCGUCAUGGAUAGAGAUGGAAAGCAAAUACCAUUAACGGAAAACGAAGGUAUCGAUGUUUUGGGCAACGUUUUGGAAUCCACUAUCUUGUCUCCGAAUCCCGACUUUUACGGAAACUUCCACGGCAUGGGACACGUCUUCCUCUCGUACAUCCACGACCCAGAUCACAGGCAUUUGGAGAACUUUGGUGUUAUGGGCGAUUUCGCCACAACCAUGAGAGACCCGAUGUUCUACCGCUGGCAUUCGUACAUCGACGACAUCUUCUUGGAGUACAAGGCCACUUUACCCAGAUACAAUGUCGGUCAGUUGAACUACACCGGCAUCACCGUCGAUUCCGUGUCGAUGCAAGGAGAAGGAAGCAAACCCAACGAGAUCAACACCUUCUGGCAACAAUCCGACGUCGAUCUAUCGCGCGGCAUGGACUUCCAACCUCGCGGAUCCGUCUUCGUCCGAUUGACUCAUCUGCAGCAUCAACCGUACACCUACAACAUCACCGUCAACAACGCUUCGGGAAGCCCGAAGAUGGGCAUGUGCAGGAUCUUCCUCGCGCCCAAAUUCGACGAGAGAGGCAACCCGUGGUUGUUCAGGGACCAGAAGAGCAUGUUCAUCGAACUCGACAAAUUCAAAGUCAACCUGAAAGCUGGAAAGAACACCAUCACCAGGAUGUCCACUCAGAGCUCAGUCACCAUUCCGUUCGAGAGGACCUUCAGCGAUCUGGACACGAACCGCCCGACAGGUGGAGACGCUUUGGCCCAAUUCAACUUCUGCAACUGCGGAUGGCCCCAACAUCUUCUCCUCCCUAAAGGAACACCGGAAGGUUACGUCUGCCAACUCUUCGUCAUGGUUUCCAACUACGAUUUGGACAAGAUCGAUCAAGAUGAGACCGGAGUUUGCAACGACGCUGCAAGCUUCUGCGGAUUGAAGGACAAGAAGUACCCGGAUCGUCGUUCCAUGGGCUACCCCUUCGACAGGAUGCCGAGGAACGGAGUGGACAACCUGCAGCAGUUCCUCACGCCCAACAUGCGCGUCCAAGAUUGCAUCAUCAGACACAACAAUAGGACAAUUAGACGCAAGAAUUAGAAAGGGAACACAAAGAAAACAUGUUAAUUUCGGCUUUACAAAAAAAUAUAUUCCAUAAGCAUUAUUA